UGCCUCCCUCCAAGCCGGUGGCCCACGUCCCCUCGUCGCCCACGGUGGGCAGCCGGGCCGUGCUGCGCUGCUCCGAGGGCGAGGGCUCGCCACCCCCCACCUUCCGCUGGUACAAGGACGGAGCGCUGAUGCCCCAGGACCCCAAAACCAGCGCCAGCUUCCUCGAAUCCUCCUCCACCAUGGCCCCCGCCACGGGCGAGCUGAUUUUCGAACCCCUGAGCGAAUUCGACACCGGGGACUACACCUGCGAGGCCACCAACAACGUGGGCUCCCCCCAGAAAUCCGACGUCCACCGCAUGGAAGCCAGUAAGGGGCAUGGAGGGGGGGACACGACAUGGGGACACUCGU